GUCAUAUCUCCUGAAAUUUCCGCCGCACCUCAACAUCCUGUACAAACAAUGAGAACAUGUAACAGCUCCCAUUCAAACCAGGGAAAUUCAAAAUGGCAACAUUGGUUGGAUUCCAAAUGCUCGCAGAACCGGCAAAUAAUAUGAAUCUUCAUGGGGAAGAGCAGCCGAAUUCGACUCCCGGCCCAUUCCGAGCCACCAAGAUGUGGAACGCCAUCGUUGAUCACCUGAAGACCGCUGUGGAUGUCCGAACCAGGAAGCACAUGAUGAGGUCAUACGAGGAUUGCUUCCUGGGGUCAGAUGCAGUGGAUGUGAUCUGUGACUAUCUGGAGAGGGAAAACUCGGAUGUGAAAGACGUCACAAGAGAGAAGAUUGCAAAGUUGUGCCAGUAUUUUCUCGACCAAAACAUCAUGGAAGAUGCACAAGCCUUUUGGAACAUAGGCCACAAGAGGGCAGUAUUUAUGGACAGCAACUCACAAUAUUACAGGUUUACAAGUAAAGACAGCAAUGAGGAAUCAUUGAGUGAAGAAAGAACAGCAUUACAAACAGAGUCCAUAGACUUCUCACCUAGCAAUAAAUCAAAGGCGUGCAAAAGGAGAGCAAGCAUUGACAUGUUACAGCAGCCCUUUGACAGGAAGAGAAGGAUACGCCACAGCAUUGGGUUAGGUAGAACAGCCAAAUUUGAUCGCAGAGCAUCCCUUGCAGAGGGGCGUUCCUCGAACAUGAAAGGGAUACAAAACCCCGCCUUUGAAGACCCCCACUCAAAGGCCCUCACAGCCAUCGUCACCCCAACUCGUCAGCCUCUUGCCAGCCGCAACUUACAGGACUGUGCUGCUACCCCGGGCCUGAAGAGCUUCGGUAGGGAGAGUAGGCGAGAGAGGAAGCUUUCUAAACAAGUAAUCAGUGAAAUCUGGAAGGAGGUCAUCAUCCAGAGGAUCUUACAUCUUGUGGAACUCCCCCACCUGGAUAAUCUGCUUGCCUGUGCAGCCAGUUACCACUACGAGUCUGCAGAGCAUGUAGAGAAGUCUAUGCCUAACCUGAAUACCCCGGCCAAGAGGAUGUCCAGUAGACGGAAUGUCCAGAGGCCUGAUGUCAACAACAUUGACCCAUGGUUGAGAGCCGCAAUCCACUGUCUAGACGCCCACCCGGAUGGGAAUAACCUGAAACGCGACUUCUGCUCCAGCCGAACCCACACGGCGGGGAUGCUGCACGCCCGCAAGCUCCUCCUCUUCCAAACUAUCGUCAAACUUUACACCGACGGCCGAAAAGAACCCCUCAUCACGCCUCUCCUUAUGGAUAUCGUCACGACGAUCCUCGGUGCGCUUGGAGGCGGGAAGGGCUCGCGGGCCAUCGAGCUGACCCAGCUGUGCCUCCUCCUGUUGCCGGGGGCGACCCGACUGCGGCUGAGGGCGCUGUUAAGGUUCAUGGGCGAGGCUGGAAAGAAGUCUUCCAUCAGGCUGGCCUAUCAGGUGGACAAUCGUACCAACGUCUGCAACACCCUCCAGGAGGCCAUCAUAUCCAGCCCUCUCCUGUCGGCCGUCCAAGCCAAGAACCUGGUGUCCUUCUUCCUGGACACCCAGAAUAAGAUCUUCAAGGUCCCGGAGGCAGUUCUUCAAGCGGUUACAACGCGCGUGGCGCAGGCUAAACAGGGUGAACAGGACCACUGCAGAGUGGUCUUCUGCCAGAUGGUGACAACGGAACAGUUUGAGGUCGAAGACCAGUACUACACCAAGGAAGCCCUGCGGAAUCUUAUGAACACCAUCAUCGACAACACCAAGCUAUCCCUGAAGGAGAAAAAGCAGAAGCUGAAAAUGCUGCAGAAAGCCCAUCCAGACAUUUACAACAAGCACUUUGCAGAUAUGCUCUAGUAUAUUCCAAGACAAGUACUAUUCCAAGGAGGCCUUGCGGAAUCUUAUGAACACCAAUCGUCGAUUCGAUGACACCAAGCUAUCUUUGAAGGAGAAGAAGCAGAAACUAAAGUUGCUUCAGAAAGCCCGUCCAGACAUUUACAACAAGCACUUUGCAGACAUGCUCUAGUAUAUUCCAAGACAAGUACUAUACCAAGGAGGCCUUGCGGAAUCUUAUGAACACCAAUCGUCGAUUCGAUGACACCAAGCUAUCUUUGAAGGAGAAGAAGCAGAAACUAAAGUUGCUUCAGAAAGCCCGUCCAGACAUUUACAACAAGCACUUUGCAGACAUGCUCUAGUAUAUUCCAAGACAAGUAGUAUACCAAGGAGGCCUUGCAGAAUCAUAUGAACACCAUCGUCGAUUCGAUGACACCAAGCUAUCUUUGAAGGAGAAGAAGCAGAAACUAAAUUUGCUUCAGAAAGCCCGUCCAGAGGUUUACAACAAGCACUUUGCAGACAUGUUCUAGUAUCUUCGAAGACCAGUACUUACUUCACCAAGGAGGCCUUGCGGAAUCUCAUGAACACCAUCAUCGACAACACCAAACUACUCUGAAGGAGAUUAGCAGAAGCUGAAACUGAUUCAGAAGUUCAGAAAGCCCAUCUAACGGUCUACAAUGCACCAAGCACUUUGCAGACAUGGUCUAGUAUAUAUUCCAAGACUAGUACUACACUAAAGACGCCAUGCGGAAUCUCAUGAACACCAUCAUCGACAACACCAAGCUAUCCUUGAAGGAGAAGAAGCAAAAGCUCAAACUGCUUCAGAAAGCCCAUCCAGACAUUUACAACAGGCAAUUUGCAGACAUGCUCUAGUAUCUUCUAGCAUGUUUCGUGAAUGUCAAUAUCAACAUCAUAAUCAACAUUGUUAAGUAUACUAGAGCAAUAAUGUUUCCAUAGUUUCAUAUAAUAGCAGCCUGUUUUCUUUACGCAGGGUUGCCUCAUUGGUAUUAAAACUGUUCUCCCUGAGGGCCUCCUAGUGAUAUUAUUACCCCGGCUUUAGACAAAAGAAGCACAAGUUGAAAGUACAUUUUACUUUAGAAAACCUUUCCCUAAGUCUACAUCAAACUUUCUCCAGGUACCAUUGCCAAAUUGUAUAUCUGUUACAUGUGUGCCUAUAAAAAUAAAACUUAGCAUACGUUAAAAUUCUUCUGAAAACCCCUCCCUGAAAUAUACAAGAAACCCUUUGCAGAUAUAUGCUCUAAUUCAUUCCAUUUCCCUCAAAUAUGAAUACUUAGUAUUUUAUACAAUAUGCUCAAAAUCAUUCCAUUUUGCUUUAUCCAUCAACAACAGAGCUGUAAUAUCAAUGAGAACACUACCAUUGCCAAAUCAUGUAUCAAAUAUUUAAUGGGGAUACUAUAUACAGCCUAAAAGUACAUCUCCCCCUUCUAUGUUUUGCCCAUAUAUUUGUCUAUAUAUUCUCACACGUUCUCUAUAUUCCUUGAUUUUCAUACUUCGUAGUUUUCCGAUUAUUGACAGUGAAUUUUCUUUUUUAAAUACAAGUUGUGGGCAACCUUUGCCAUUAUAUUCUUACAUCUUGUUAUCAAAAUCCUGCUUGUUGGUGACAGGUUGUGUAAAAUGUUCUAACUUCUUUAUUUUCAUAGGAAUCAAGUAGAAAUUUCACCAUUGUUCUAGUACUCUGGGAGCAUGUGGCCCCCAAGGACUGCACAGUUAUUGCAUACUAACUACUAACCUUCAUUUCUGUGAUGCACACCGUGAUAUACAUCUAAGUUUUACAAUCUGAAAUGUACAUGAUGCAUUAAAUGUGUGUACAGUCAAGAUUUUGAUCACUUUCCUGUGGAUGCUUAAUAGUUUCCCCAUCCUCAGUUUUUGUGAAAAGGUCCCUGUUUGAGAGUUUGAUAUUGUGGAGUGACAUAGGGACUCAACCUCAAAGGCUAUUUGUUCUGUAGCAAGGAAGUUCAAUGCUUGGAACCUCGGGCAAGAAUAUGAGAUGGUUGCUAAAGAUGCAGUUUUCCUCAGCCCUAAUACAUGUAGUAAAACAAGGAUGUGGACAAUUUUAUUGAUAUGUAUUUUUGAAUUGAAUGAUUCCAGUUUUCUUUUGUUUUUAAACAUUGAAAUGUACUUUAAUCUUUUAAACCUUGAUGCUGCAGGUGCAAAGAUUUGUACAUUUCAUAUUUGAAUUCUUAAAGCAAUCCUUUCACAAUUUUUUACUAAUAUUUUUUUUCUCGACAGUUUUUAACCUGAUUUUAUCAACUUUAAUCCUUCUCUAACCACUAACCAAAUGAGAUAUUUAUUUUACUUUUAUUUGUGUUUGUAUAACAUUGAAAGCACCAACCUCAUCAAAAUAUAUGAUUAGAGAUUUGAGAUUAGACUCGCUGGGAAGUUUAAAGUCAGAGUCAAGUUCUCAAGAGUAUUCAUAACAUCUUUUCCCCUUUUAACUGUUGUAAUCCUUAACGCAUGGAUUGUCAGCUAAAUUUUAUGAGACAUUUGUGUCACCUAAAAGUAUACAAUGACACCUUACUGCAACACACUCCUUAGGACCAAGAUAUCACCUUGUUAUAUUGAAACCUUUAUAUAGCACGGCUUAAAGGCAAAACAAAACAACAAUAUCAACAACAAAACAGAACAAACGAAAUAAAACUAAACAGAUUGCAAAGAAGUGGGAUAGCCCAAAAAAUUGCCUCAUUGUAAAUCUGUAAUGAGAGUGUACUUUUUUUACAAGAAGGUACACAUUAUUUUGAUGGUACAUGGUCCCCUUUUAAAGCGGGACUGCACUACUUGUAGCUAAUUGCGCCCUCUGUAUAGUAAACAAUACCUACGUGGUACCUGUUGGUCCCCCAUGGUCCCUUUUUCUUUAAUUGAGAACUGAUUUGAUGAGAUAACCACCUGUCAAUGACCGGGCAGGGAGGUCUAAUCCCUCCUGGCCGAACUAGUGCAGAUAGGCUUUAAUAAAAACUAUUGAAUAGCACGAGUUGGAAGCAAUGGCUUCUUCUUUUUACCAGCUCUCUUGUAGAUGUCUUAGAGACCGUUUUGUAGUCAUUCACUCUAUUACAGAAGUAGGUUGGGUUGAAUCCGGAUUACAAUCCAUCAGAGUUAUAAACAAAAAACGGUGCAAGCUGCAAAUCAAGUUACAUUGCCCUCUUAUGAACUCGGUUGUUGAUGAGGUCUUACAGAUGUUUUUAAUUAAUUUUUUUGUUGUAAUUAUUAUAUCUUUGGUAGUCUUAUCCCUUAUAAAACAAUACCAUGGUAACCAUGUUUUUUUCUUCUUCCAAAUUGCAUCUCUGUGCCGUCAUACAGAAGUAGGUUGGGGUGAAUCCAGAUUACAGGCCAUAAACAUAUACAGGGAAAGGUUUUAGGAGCAGAUUUGAUGGGUGAAAGUAAGUCGCAAGGCUACUUAUCGCCAUGGUAACAACUUCUAAUGAAACGUUUGAUACUCUGACGUGUAUUUUUUAUUUGAUGCUAGCUGGCCGAGGAAAAAAGUUGCGAGGUGGAUUUAGUUGAAACUUUCACAAAUGAGAAAUUUGCUAUCAGCCAAUCAAAUGCCUCGAAUUCAGUACCAUAUACCAGUUAUUGUUACUUGUUAUUGAUAACAAUUUUUACGAAACUAGGCUCAUAGGUUCUGAUUUUUAAUUU